AUGUUUAAAUCAAAAGCACUGCGAUGUGAGGAGACGGGUCUCGAUGCUGGCCUGCAGGAGUGCCAGAAGUUGAAGGACGACCUCGGAGACUGCCUGAAUAUCGUUGAGCGCCUAAGCCGCAAAAACAGUGAUCCAGACGAGGGUCGCCUUUCCGUGGACUGCCUGGGCUCAGUCUCUACUAUAGAGACAAGCAGCUGCCCUGACUUGAGUAGCAGUUCCUUGUUGCUGCAGGACUCGGAGGGGAACCAGAUGAACACUCCAGCGGAAGCCAGAAGCGGCCAGAAGCUGCGCAGCUCCUACGUCGACAUACGCACCAAAUGCAUUAAGCUCAAGCGCGAGCUGGAAGGCACAGUGUCGCUCGCCAAACACAUAAGCGGAUUGGCCCAUCGUCAACGGAAUAGGGACUAUAGCAUUCCAGAGGAGAAACCGCCGACUACCUGGAGAAUCUAGGAAGAAAUCUUCGGAACAAUGGUGCAACAAUCAAAGUUUUGGCUGCCGGUGAUCGGGACGCACAAAUUGCAAAUUUUCUCGACAUUUGGCAGCUUUUAUUAAAAAUUACUGUCACCAUAAGACGAGACAGAGAAGUUGAGCAACUUUCAAAACUAAUUU